ACUGGGGGGAACUAACUUGGUGUAACUGACAUCCUCAGUGAUGCCAAUGCAGUGAUCAGUGCUAAUAAAAAGUACUGACACUGUACUAAUGGAACUGGGCAGGAAGGGGUUAACAUCUGGGGUGAUCAAAGGGUUAACUGUGUGCUGUUUUACUGUGCGCUGUAAGGACACUGCUUUGCAUGGCUCUGCUAUGCAGAGCCAUGCAAAGCAGUAUGCAGGAGCUGACAGGGGAGAGAACUGUAUUGUUUACAUACAGGUCUCUCCCCCGUCGAAAUGCAAAAUC